AUUUGAAUUACGCUUGCUAGCGAGCUUAUCGGCUACAAUGAACCCAGAAAUGAUAUCAAUGAUUGUGACAAUGAACGGAUGAUGAACGCGGGGCCAAAGUCGACGCGCACAGCCAGGCCAAUUUGACUCCCGACGCACCGGAGGAGAGGAGCAGUACUAGCCGCAGCUCGUUGUGGUAUUACAACAGGAGGGGAUCCCGGUGCGUGUCUGUCCCUGCGUGCGUUUCUGUGAGCCUCUGUCAAGCCAGGCGAGCGGCAGUGAGGAGUGGAGAGGGCGACCGGGCUAGCCUGUAAGCCGAUCAAGGCACACACCGAGUCUGGGAUUUCUGCGUACAUACAUGCUGUGACGGUGAGGUGCAAGGAUGAUGCGUCUAGGGUGUUGCACAGCGAUGCUGUUUGUGUUGAGGCUGCUGGUGGGCCUGCCAUGGUACCAGGUUCUGCCUGCCAUCCUGAUGUUCUACCUGGGAAGCGGAGGAUGGAGCUUCCUGCAGAUUUUUGCCAAAACAAUUGGCAGAGACUUACAUGCUGCAGGUGUGCUGUUGCGGGUGAAGAUGAAUGUCAGACGCCACCUCAAAGAGAAGAACACCAUUCCCAAGAUCUUUGCUGAAACUGUGCGUCGCUAUGGGGACAAAACAGCACUGAUCUUCGAGGGGACUGGGGAGAGAUGGACCUUCCAUCAGUUGGAUGAGUACUCCAACAGAGUGGCCAACCUGCUGCUGGAACGAGGCUUCAGGGAAGGUGACGUAGUGGCCCUUUUCAUGGAGAACAGGUCCCAGUACGUGGGUCUCUGGCUGGGCAUGGCCAAGAUCGGAGUCGAGGCUGCUCUGAUCAACUUCAACUUGAGACUAGAGGCCUUGGUCCACUGUAUCACCAUCUCCAAUGCCAAGGCUGUUGUGUUUGGCUCGGAGCUGAAUGAUGCGAUGUGUGAGAUCCACAGUUUAAUGGGGAAGGCAGUGCAGUUGUUUUGCUCUGGAGAAUGGGAUCCCAAACGAGUCCCGCAGGGAACAGAGUGCCUAGAGCCCCUGGUGGAUGCCGCCCCGUCUCACCUGCCGAGCCGGCCGCAACGCUGCUUCACAGACCGCAUGUUCUACAUCUACACGUCAGGAACCACUGGGAUGCCUAAAGCUGCUAUUGUUGUGCACAGCAGGUACUACCGCAUGGCAGCUUUGGUAUAUUACGGCUUUAGGAUGACUCCAGAAGAUGUGCUGUACGAUUGCCUUCCGCUCUACCACUCUGCAGGUAACAUUGUGGGAGUGGGCCAGUGUUUAAUACAUGGCAUGACUGUAGUCAUCAGGAAGAAGUUCUCUGCCUCGCGUUUCUGGGAUGACUGUGCCAAAUACAACUGCACUAUUGUGCAGUACAUUGGUGAGAUCUGUCGGUAUCUGCUGAACCAGCCAGUUCGGGACACAGAGAAACAACAUCGGGUGCGCAUGGCGCUCGGCAAUGGCCUGCGCCAGUCCAUAUGGGAGGAGUUCAUGAACCGCUUCAAUAUUCCACAGAUCGCAGAGUUCUACGGAGCAACAGAGUGCAACUGCAGCCUGGGCAACUUCGAUAACAAGAUUGGAGCGUGCGGCUUCAACAGCCAAAUUCUUCCCUACAUCUACCCCAUCAGACUGGUGAGGGUCGAUGAGGAGACCAUGGAGCUCAUUAGAGGACCUGAUGGUGUCUGUAUUCCCUGUAAACCCGGGGAACCCGGGCAGCUUGUCGGCAGGAUCAUUCAGAACGACCCUCUUCGGAGGUUUGAUGGUUAUGUCAACCAAUCAGCAACCAGCAAGAAGAUUGCAAACAGUGUCUUCAAAAAGGGCGAUAGUGCCUAUCUCUCUGGUGACGUGUUGAUCAUGGACGAGUGCGGCCACAUGUACUUCAAGGACCGCACAGGAGACACUUUCCGCUGGAAAGGAGAAAACGUCUCAACCACAGAGGUGGAGGGAACUCUCAGCAGGCUGCUAGACAUGAAAGAUGUAGUCGUCUAUGGAGUGGAAGUACCAGGAGCCGAGGGAAAGGCUGGAAUGGCAGCCAUCGCUGAUCCGGCUCACUCCACCGACCUGGAGAAGUUUGUUAAUGACAUGGAGAAGGCUCUCCCUCCGUACGCCAGACCUGUAUUCCUCCGCUUCCUGCCGGAGGUCAACAAGACAGGAACAUUUAAGUUUCAGAAGACAGACUUGCGCCGGGACAGCUUCGACCCCAGCGCGGUGUCAGACAGACUGUACUUCCUGGAUUCCCGAAGAGGGUGUUAUGUGCAGCUGGACGAGGAGCUUUACCGCUCCAUAGUGUCAGGGAAACACAAAUUGUGAUGAGCAGGCUGGCCACUUCACCUACACAUGCACACAUAGACACACAUACAUACAGCUACAGAAAAGAAGACAAUAUUGUGUGACCAGGCGAGCAGAAUGCAGGACCUUGUCCCCGUAUUAAAAUUCAUAUAUAAAGUAAUAGCCAUACACACUUGUUGCACCCAUACUCAAACACAUAUACACACAUUGUAUGCCCCAAACCACUUUGCUCUUUAAAAUCCCUAAAAGCAGACUUAUGCACGCCACACACACACACACACACACACAUAUACACACACAAGGCACCACUCCAUCCAUCCCCGGCAACUCCUCUCGCUACCUCAGCAAACACAGAGAGAGGCACAAACCUAGUAACAAGGUCUAUUUGGUAACUUGAAACCACCCUUCACAGCCACACAAUCCCUGCCCACACAGGCCUCAAACAGCCACGCCUGUCUGUCCAUCCCGGUCCAUCAAAACCACACGUGUUGCUGGGGGACACAACUGAGAAGGAGGUGGAGUUCAGACUGCCUGGCAUCCAGAAUGCAGAAACUUGAAACUACAGAUAUCCACUGACUUAAAAGGAUGCUGAGGAAGAACCUGGAUUCUGUACAAAAUGUGUGUGCGGGACAAGGAGGGACCUAUGAGGACCUAAACUGUCUUUCGGUUCGUUGUUACGUCAGCGAGGUUGUCUUGUGGAGGACUGGAGGCUCUAUCAUCGACUUCACCUGCACAAUCAGUGAGCAGCGACAAAACCUGUGUACAGCUUUGUUUUGACCUGAGGUUAAAAAAAAGGGAACAGCAGAAGGAAGUUAGGGAUUUUGGAAAGCCUAUGAAAAAUUAAAUUAGACCAGUGGUUGAAGCUGAAAGACCUACUAAAGUGCAAUAGGACUCCAGCGUUCGCAGUGCAAUAAUCAGCCGCACCACAUGAGAGCUGAUAUAAAACAAAGCUUUGUAUUUAAAUAUGUCUGCAUCACACCAAAUAUAUUUAAGUUGUAGUGUUUGUUUACAUAUUUAAGAUAAUAUGACCUUUUUUUAGUAAUUUAUGUUGUUGUAAAAGCUUUCUCUUUUGUUAUAGCGCACAUGUACCAGGUUGUUUUUGCUUUACGUGUACCCAAAUCUGCACUUCGGUAACGCUUGAGUCCUCAAAAAUGAAGCUGCAGUUUGCAUUUUUUUUAUAUCAGCUGCUGGAACACAAAGUCAAGUGAUCUGACUGAUUCAACCCUGGGGCUAAUUACAAGGGGCUUUUUCCAUUCUGAGCCAACAUGCAGUGUGUUUGUGUAGCUGUAUUGUGCAGGUUUUGUCCUAAAAGGUAGACGAUCCUAUGGUGUAUAUUCUUCUAAAAACAUACGAAGAGGACUGAAGAUAGAAGCACCGAAAUCGCCUGAUCAGCGAGGACUUGUGUUUUCAACAAUAUUCUGGUGCUAAAGAGGGAUGUCCUGCCAGAUUCAACAGAGCCGAAAGAUCCAAAGAUUCAAAGGCGGGAGUGGGGACAUUUUUAAGGAGGGAGGGGGGGGCGGGUGUCAAAACGGAACGGUAGAAGAAGAGAAAAUGUGCUUAAUCAUUGGUGUUUUGUCUGUUGUUUGCCGUAGCUGUCAUCAGAGGUUGUAGCAGCAUGAAUGAGCAUCAUCAACCACGCAAGCAGAGCACUGUGCCUUACUGUGAGUUCACCUCCCAGAUUCACAGGCCCUGGCCCGCACAUAAUAGUAUCUCAUAUGCUUUCCUAUAUCGGACUUCAGCUUCUGUCUACCAUAACCUCAUGUUUCUGUCUCUAAAGGGAUAGUUCUGAUAUUUAUUUAAGUGGGGUUUUAUGAGCUACUUAUCUAUACUCGGUGUAUUACCUACAGUAGAUGUCGAUCAGCACGCCCCCAAUCUGGAGAAGCAGGCUGGAGUACAUGCAUGGAAGCUGAGCAAUGUCCUGCUGUAAACGGGGCAGCAGCAUAAUGUAUUUUUGCCACCUAAAAAAAAAAUAUCUGUUUAACUGUACCUUAUACUUAGAAUGUUUUUACUGAUUUACCUUGCCAUUAGACAGCCCUUUCUGACUGGGAACAAAAGCAAUCAUAUCCAUCCUGUCUUCAAAGCCACCAGACGCCUUUAACAAAAACUAACUUUCCUAAUAGAACCAUCGGAGUUUCACAAAGUUUAAAUUACUGUUUUUAUCAAAGGAGUCUGGUGGAAAGAAAACAUCGAAGACAACUUCAAUUUCCUGUUGGAAAGUGCUGUCUGACAAGAAUGUACUGAUACUGAUUUUUUUUUUUUUUUUUUGUGGCUAAAAUGUGUUUUGCUGCUGCCUCCUGCAGCACAUUAGCGUAGCUUCCAUGCCAGUACUCAUAUUCAGUAUGAAUAAGUAGCUCAUACAGCCCCAGUUCAAAAAAUCAAAACUAUCCCUCUAUGUUCAUACUAGCCUUGAAAAGCUGGCCUAAAUCAUGGGACCUCAUAUUUUUAUUCUGAAAAUCAUCUGAUAAGAAUCCACAUCAGUCCAGUGACCGGCUCCUUCAUCCUGCCAGGUGCAGGAAGAAGUUGUGUUAAUGUUUGAUGGUAAAGAGUCGCAGCAUCUUGUUUACGACUCGAUCCUCCUCACUUCCUUUCCUUUGAGUCUCUUCUGGCCAUCACUCAUUCCAAACUGUAACCUUAAUAUUCCUCUAGAUUUCUUAUUUGUUUCUUAUAUUGUCUUAUAGAUAUUGUUCACUCCAUUUUCUCAGCACCUUUACUUUACGCCUUUAUGAUCUGUCUGCCAACCACCCCAAACCUUUCCAUCCAUCCAUCUCUAGCCUCUUUCUCCCCCUUCUUCUGGCUGGCACCUCUCUUUGGUCCUCGCUUUUUCUGUCAGGUACAGAGCCUCCAUUUUCCACCAUGUCUGCUUCAUCUUGCUGCACUCGUGUUCAGACAAUGGUGUAAAACAGUAGUACAAUACAUUUCAGAUAUUUCCUGAUUGCUUCGUGCUUAAUGGAGAGAUUUUCCUGAGAUUCGCCGGUGACACAAAACUCCAACUACACACUCAAAACUGUCCUCAGAUAUCUUUUGCCGUGUGUUGUGCAUAGUCUGCCAUUACCUUGUGACUUUUGUCUUACUUUUGCAACAUCUCAAGUCAUCUGCAGUACUGCUGGGUUGGCCGUUACCAACGGCGGUUGUGUGACUGGCAGUAGUGGACUGACUUAUUAUUCAUCACGAGUUUGAUUGCGGCAAUGCUUACGCUUCUUCGUUCUCUCAAGACUGAUUCUGGAUACGUUUAAACAUCUUUUUUUUAGUUUGAACUAGUUUGCACUGACUGACACAGUUCACCUUGACGGCUGCAGUCUGCCGACAGUGCUCGUCAACGUUGCUCUCACCAAUAAUUUCCCUCUUUGGCUGGAAAAAGACCAACAAAGUAAUUUGGCAGAAAUUGAGUUUCAUCCCUGCUUCUUCUGUGGUUAACUUGUAUUUAUUCUUCGGUGAUGAAUUUGAAAAGUUCUCAUGAAUGUCUGAAAAAGCAAAUGAGUGACCAAUGAUGAUGAUGAUGAUGAUGUAAAGUGUGAUUUACGUAUCUUUCGGGAACACAGUUGGGCUGUUAUGAUGCUUGUGGCUGAGGGUUGUUGACCCUGACCAAACAGUCCCACAGCAGAGCACUCUAAAUAAGAUGUUUCCAUUUUCCACUUUUUUUUUAAUGAGUUUAAAUUAUUACUAUUUUUUGGGAAGAAUUGUUAAUUAUACUUUGAUCGUUUCACUGCUUUUAUGUGUUUGCUUUUGUUUUCUUUGCGUGAAAUCAUAGCUUUGUGAUUUUGGUAUAUAAAAAAAGGGAUUCAUGCAUGAGUGUAAGACAAUCGAAUGGCAGUUGUUUUUUUCUACCUUUUAUAAAAGGCACUAGGAACCAGCCAGGGAGAAACCUUCUGGAUUUAACUGGUAUAGUAAUAAACACUGAGCAGAAGCUAAUUUGCCAUUUCACAGAUAAAAAACAAGUUUUUUAAAGUUGAUGGCAAAGUAAAUAAAUCAGCUGAAGGCCAGCAGGGAGAGACGGUGAUACACCUGUUUGACCACCAGGGGGUGCUGUGUCCUUUCUUAGAAAAUGGAGAGUGACAGAGACAGCUAAGUUUCCAUGCCAUCAUUUUAUAAUGCAAGCAAUAAUGGAAGCAACUUUAUUUGCUGUAGAUGAAAAUGUAUUGGUGAAAGUGAAACCAUGCACGACUAUUUUCAUAGUGUGGGAUGUUUUCCACAAUUUGGUUACUAAUUUGUCUCCUUCGUUCAAGAGACAAAUUAUCAUUUUGCAGGUCCUUUGUGUUUUACAUUCAUAUUUGAUGGGUAAAACUUAUUUAACGCCAGCCACCAAAUACACUUUGGCUAAAAAUGUCAUCAAUCCAUGUUGAUUGAUGUAAAUAUAGGUUUAUUCAAUUCAGCUCAAGAGUAAAAGUCCAGAACAAGUUGCCUCCAAGCUCCCAGUUAAGUUUGUGAUUAUGUGGAGAAACCAGAAGCCCUGGCUGAAGAACUGUGUUUUAUAACAUUUGUGUCUCUGAUCUCGCUGUCCCUCAAGCCUCUUAUCAACAUUUUCUCACGCUGCUUUUUGCACUUUCUGUUUGUCUGGUUUUUCCCCGUCUUGGUCCUCAGGAACAUCAAGCAAUUACUAGAGAAGGAAACAAGUAUGUACAUGUCUGCCUAUGUGUGAACGUUUUUUGUUUUUUUGUUGUCGCAUUGCACAGGCGGCAGCUCUCAGCUUGUGCAGAGUGUGUAGGGGAGGUCUGUGAGGUGUGCUGUGUGUGUGAGACACACACACUGAUGUCCUCUUGUCCACUGAAGGCUAGCUCUAUACAUCAUGCAUUUCAAGAAAAUGAGAAAAAGCAGCGCUGCAAAUGGAAAAUCAUUAUUAAUAAAAAACUAUUUAAAUUGUUCACUUAGACUCUGAUUGUUUCAACAUGUUCUUGUGAUUGAGCAGAUUUGAGUUUUGCUAAUCAAGACAGAUUCUGAGAAAUACAAACCUUAGACAUGCUCUAUUGAAACAGUUUCCACACAAACAGCCAUUUUCCCCAAAACCAUGUGUUCAAUGUACCAAACAUUUAGUUAAGCAGUUCACUUUGGGUCAUGAUCGGCAGUAAACUGUAAGAUAACGUCCAGGUAAAAGUUAUACAAAAUCCUUUUGUCUUUUAAAAAAAAUAAAGUAUGGAUUCAUAACAAUCCAAUUGUGUUUAUACAACAUGUAGGAAUGGCCUGUUUUAAUUAUAAUACUAAUGCAUGUUAUUCUUAUUUGCAUUAUAUUUGCAAUUAGUUUAUCAUUGAAACAAAUUGGAAAAUUAAGAGAAAAAAUAUUUGCACAUCCAAUGCUGGUGUAUCAGAGAGGAGCUCAACAUCAUGUUUAAAAAAAGAAGAAAAAAGAACGGAUUCCUGCACACUGCUGUUGAAUUAAAUAGUUUGCAGCAUUUCAUUUUAAUUUUAAGAAAUACCAGAGUUUUUUGUUCCGAUCAGCCCUGUCAGAUGAGUUUAAAUACAACCUUUAAAAAUAUAAUACAUUUGGAACAUACAUAAGAAAUUGAUAACCUGGAUAUUGUUUUGUUGUUGCUUUUUUCAUACAAUUGAACCGUCAGUAUUGACCUUUUGGCCCAUGGGUAGUACUACUGCUGGCCAAUCUUUUAUCCAUUAACGUUACUUUUAGCUGACCUUUUUAAAAAAAUAAAACAUUUAUCCAAAUUUCCAAAUUUGACAAUUGUUUUCUUCAGUUUCUUGUUCAUUUUAAUGCCUGGUACAACUAAAUGUACAUUUGUUUGGACAAAUAUUAUGAGAACAAAAAUAGCUCAUAAGAGUUUAAUUUAAGAGCUGAUAUCUAGCCAUUUUCCAUGGUUUUCUUGAUAAUAACCAAAGUCAUCAUCAAAAUAAAACCCAAAAAAUUGUAAAAAAUAGGAUUUAGAAUUUUUUCCAUGACUGUAUUUAAACAGCUUUGCCAAAAAUGGUACUUUUAGCUCACUUUUAUCCAUGAUCUUUUUCAGCAUUUUAUCCAUUAACAUUACUUUUAGCUGACUAAUUAAACCAUUUAAAUAGCUGACUAUUACUUUGAGC